GUCAACCCUUCACUUGCCCGGCGGGAACAUGGGGAGCGUCAGCAGCCUCAUCACCAACGACGAACUCAAUAGUAAACACUGCAAGGCGUCAGAGUUGAGGUUGAAAAACAGAGCGAAUCAGCCUCGACGCAAUGGCGGGUGCAGCCUUGAUGACUUACUCAAGUGUAGCUUCACUCAGGCUUCCUCCUCUCUUCCUCCUUCUCCCGCCCACCUCCCUAAAGGCAUCUCGCACUCCCGGUCGGGACGAAGCGAGGACUUUUUUUACAUCAAGGUGAGCCAUAAACCGAGGUCAGCGCACCACAGAGGAGGCUCAACAGAAGACUACAUCGGUGGACGGAACGGACAGGAGAAAUCCGACGAGCGACCCAAACUAAUGUCAGGGACUGAUGGGACGACUGCUGAGAAGUCGCUGGUCCGAUCCACUGCAUACAAGCCUUUAAGUCCCAGGAGUGUAUCCUCUACAGAAGCACAGCGCAACAGCCUGGACCGCAUCCUCAGCCAAGUGGACAAAUCAAAGAGUCCCGACAUCCGACACAAGCGAGACACAUCCUCUGGGAAUCUGUCAGACUCUGGUCGCAACUCCAUGUCAAGCCUCCCCACCCACAGCACUAGUGGAAGCCUAAGUGCUUGCACAGGCCCUGUCAGUCACAGCGAUGGCAGCUCCGCUCCCGCCAACUGCCUCCUCAAGGGAGCUCAGCCCAAUUUGUCCCCCUGGGUGAACAGUGGGGGUCGAGAUGGUGGCUACAUGGCUAGUUUGAGCCCCGGGGGCUUGUCAUCAAAGGCUCAAAGCGACGGUGGCUCCCCGCUAUCUUCACAUCGGCCGAAACGUCUCUCAGAAACUGUGGGAGGGAGUCGGUCUCCUCUGACGACAGACGAGUCACUCAUCGAAACGUUGGAACAAAGACUACUGGAGAGAGAGAAUGAACUGCAAGAGUUACAGGUGAGUUAUGAGGUGAAGGAAGCGGCCACCUACAAGUUCUUCGAGGAAAGACAAAAGUAUUGCGCGGACGAAAUGCAAGAGUUGAACCACCGAUGCUCCGCGUCGUUGCAACAAGCCUCGCAGAUGGCCGCCAACAGCCGCCAAGCACUGCAGCUGCAUGUCAGCCAACUCCAGGCAGAAAACGAGAAACUCAAGGAGGAUCUCGCAGCGCUAAACCGAGAGAGGGAUCUCAUCGAGCGAAGACUGAGCGCCUACGAGGAGGAGAACACGCAACUCGCUCCGACGCUCGAGGAAACUCAGUGGGAGGUGUGCCAGAAAGCAGGCGAGAUCUCCCUUCUGAAGCAGCAGCUGCGAGACAGCCAGGAGGACGUCAGCCACAAGCUCAAUGAAAUAGUCGGCCUAAGGGCACAGCUGAAGGAAAUCACAGCCAAGGCGGAGAUGCUCAAGGAAGAGAACAAAGACGGCGGCGACAGGCUACGCUCCCGCACCAUCCAAGUGAAGGUGUGCCAAAAUGAACUCCAGCGCAAGAAGAAUGAAGCUGAUCUGCUGAGAGAAAAAGUGGGCCAACUGGAGAAGGACUUUGAUGAAAAGGCUAAAGACCAGAAGCCGCAUCAGCGCACUUCACACCCUGAGCCGUGCGUCCAAAAACAAGCCGCAGAGCAAGUCACCACCGUCCACAAGGCAAAAGAGGAGCCUGUGGGCCAAACGCCCUCAGAACUCCUCCACAAAGAAGUGGAGAGACUCAAGAGGCAGCUCGGCGAGGAGAAGGCGGCUCAGGAGAGACUGGCAAUCACUUUCGACCAGGAGAGACGCACGUGGAACAAGGAGAAGGACAAGGUCAUCAAGUACCAGAAGCAGCUCCAGAUCAACUACCUGCAGGUGCACAAGAAGAACCAGGACCUGGAGCGACUCAUGAAGGAGCUGAAUGCUGAACUGGAGGCUCGGGCGGGACUGGCCCUGGAUCUUAAGUACAGCUCAGGGUUGCAGACCUAUGAUGAUGUCAUCGCCACUGAGAUAUGACUGCCUGCUGCCACUUGUACUUUUUUCCCUUUUUUUUUUU